CAGAGGUGCAGCAGCCCGCACACCACAUUGUUUCUAUGUACGUGCCGUCACAGUGCAGACAGAGGUUGUAAACAUGGCGGCGGACGGGAUGGUGCUCACCAACCACGACCAUCAGACCCGAGUGGGGAUUCUGACGGUCAGUGACAGCUGCUUCAAGAACUUGGCUGAGGACAGGAGUGGCGUCAACCUGAAGGACCUGGUCCAUGAUCCCUCACUGCUAGGAGGAGUCAUAUCAGCCUACAAGAUCGUUCCAGAUGAGAUCAAUGAAAUCAAAGAAACUCUUUUGGAGUGGUGCGAUGAACAGGAGCUGAAUCUCAUUCUUACUACUGGAGGAACUGGCUUUGCACCACGAGAUGUUACACCUGAGGCCACCAGAGAGGUGAUAGAGCGGGAAGCCCCAGGUAUGGCUCUGGCCAUGCUGAUGGGGUCACUCAACGUUACACCACUUGGCAUGCUGUCCAGGCCGGUGUGUGGUAUUCGUGGUAAAACUUUGAUCAUCAACCUGCCAGGGAGCAAGAAGGGCUCUCAGGAGUGUUUUCAGUUCAUCUUGCCCGCUCUGCCCCAUGCCAUCGACCUGCUGCGCGAGGCCACGGUCAGAGUUAAAUCCACACACGCCGCCCUGGAGCAGCUGCCGUCCCCUACCCCUCUGCUGGCCAACACGCACGCCAACACUCACGCCGACACCCACACCAUGGAGCGUGGCACCCAGUGUGAGGAAGAGGAAGACGAGGAGGACGACCGGAGGAGAGUUCAACAUGUGCACAACCACCACCAUCCCCAGCAUGGCUCUUCCCACAUCACUGCAGCUGCUAUCGCUGCCAAGACAAGCCAUGCUGUGGUCAUGGCUAAGGGGGGUCCCUAUCUGCCUGGCAGCACACCCACCCCACCCACUCAUUACACCUGUUCCUGUACUCAUGACCAGCAGAUCCCGGACUCGAUCAUUUCUCGGGGCAUUCAGGUGCUUCCUCGAGAUUCGGCCUCUUUAAGCUCCACCCCUUCCGAGUCACCACGGGCAACACAGGCAACCUCCCGCCUUUCCACCGCGUCAUGCCCGACACCCAAGGUUCAGUCACGAUGUGGCAGUAAUGAGAACAUUCUGAGAGCCAGCCACAGUGCGGUGGACAUCAGUAAAGUGGCACGUCGUCAUCGCAUGUCUCCUUUCCCACUGACGUCAAUGGACAAAGCCUUCAUCACUGUUCUAGAGAUGACGCCUAUUCUGGGAAUUGAAGUCAUUAACUACAGAGACGGUUUAGGUCGGGUGCUCGCUCAGGACAUCUACGCCAAAGACAACCUUCCUCCGUUCCCCGCCUCCGUUAAAGAUGGCUACGCUGUACGAGCUGCUGAUGGCCCAGGAGAUCGCUUCAUCAUGGGAGAAUCACAGGCUGGACAACAGCCCACCCACACAGUGAUGCCAGGUCAGGUGUUGAGGGUGACGACCGGGGCUCCGAUUCCUUGUGGAGCCGACGCUGUGGUCCAAGUUGAAGACACUGAGCUGCUAAGGGAGUCUGCGGAUGGCACAGAGGAGCUGGAGGUGAGGAUUAUGGUCCAGGCCCGGCCCGGACAGGACAUCAGGCCAAUAGGUCAUGACAUCAGGCGAGGGGAGUGUGUGUUGGCUAAAGGAACACACAUGGGCCCAUCAGAGAUCGGCCUGCUGGCUACAGUGGGAGUGACUGAGGUCAGCGUGCACAAGUUUCCUGUGGUGGCCGUCAUGUCCACUGGAAAUGAGCUGUUGAAUCCAGAGGAUGACCUCCACCCAGGGAAGAUCAGAGACUCUAACCGCUCCACUCUUCUGGCCACCAUCCAGGAGCAUGGAUACCCCACCAUCAACCUGGGCAUCGUUGGAGACAACCCUGAUGACCUGCUGUCAGCUCUCCAUGAGGGAAUCAGUCGUGCCGAUGUAAUCAUCACCUCAGGAGGUGUGUCCAUGGGCGAGAAGGACUACCUAAAGCAGGUGCUGGAUAUUGACCUUCAUGCUCAGAUCCACUUUGGACGAGUCUUCAUGAAGCCAGGUCUUCCUACUACCUUUGCCACAGUUGACAUUGACGGUGCACGGAAACUCAUCUUUGCUCUGCCAGGUAACCCAGUGUCUGCAGUGGUGACAUGUAACCUGUUUGUGAUUCCGGCUCUGAGGAAGAUGCAAGGCAUUCUGGAUCCAAGGCCUACUAUUAUUAAAGCUAGGCUUUCCUGUGAUGUUAAGUUGGAUCCCAGACCAGAGUACCACCGCUGUAUUCUCACCUGGCAUCACCAGGAGCCCCUGCCCUGGGCACAGAGCACAGGCAACCAGGUAUCCAGCAGGCUAAUGUCAAUGCGUAGCGCCAACGGCCUGCUGAUGUUACCUCCUAAAACAGAGCAGUAUGUGGAGCUACAUAAGGGAGAGGUCGUGGACGUCAUGGUAAUCGGACGGCUAUGAUGCAGACUUCAGUGUCAGUCGCCAACAGUUACCAUGGCAGUGCCAGAACUUCCUGUCUGGACAGGAAAUGGGCGGGGGGCAGGAAGUGAUGCAUGUCUACCUGGUCACCAUUAGCUGUGAUGUCAUAUGCAACAGCCAAUUGGAGCCAGCGCAGGCUGAAUCCUCAUUGGUCUGCUCUGAGGAGAUCACUGUAUUUCAAUGGAGAAAAAAAGAGAAAAGAAAUAUAUAAAAUAUGAGAUUUAUUCUGUAAUAUUAUUACUAUCCUGAUGAUAAUUAUUAUUAAUAUUCUUAAUUAAUAUUCUAUUUAUUAUUAUUGAUUGAAUAUUAUCAUCUUAGUAGUAAUCAUGCCCUCGUCUCUCCUGUUCAUUUGCUUUGUGCGUUUAACAUGUUUCCCUGGUAGAUAUAGAGAUGUAGAGAUUUCCCCUUACUUCUUCCAUCUCUCUCCCCCUCCUCUCUCUUCUUUUUCUUCCUCUUCUUAUUCUUCUUCUUCUUCUUCUUCUUCUUCUACUUCUUCUUUUUCUACUUCUUCCUCUGCUCUGGCGUCCUUUUUCCAGAUACUCCUUGAGAACCCGUCCCUGCAGUAUUACUACAUCUUCUCCUGUAACACACUGACCCUAUCAUCAACAUUGACAGAUAUGAACUAAAGACAUUAUAAAGACAUCUUUUGAUUCAAGCUGCUGAUAUCGUUUUGAAGCUGCUGAUAUAGUUUGUGCCGGUACAGUAAAUAUGACUUUUUUUUGCCAAAAAAAGGAAAAAAUACAAGGAUCCUUUGUAUUGUUUUUUUUUUUUGUUUGUUUUGUUUUGGGUUUUUUUGUCAAUUUCAAACCAUACUGAGACACUACAGCUCAUCAUCACUCUCAGUGAAAGCCAUCAAACUCUUGUGAGUGGGUUAUUGGCUCAGCUUGAGGCAGGACUUAAAUCCUCCCUCACCACACUGGUACGGUCUGCUCCGACAUGAAAUAUGAACAAGAUCAUUAUAAUACAAUACAUAAUGACUUUUAUGAUCUGUAGUUAUAUCAGAGGUGGGCCACACUGGCAGUAUUAGUAUUACGCUAACCCUGCAUUCAAGUGCUGUUUGAUUUACAUGAGUUUAAGGUUUACACCAUAAUACUACAUUACGAAAUUAAAAUCCUUUUUUCUUGUUUUUUUCUUUCUUUUUUUUACUAUUAAAAGAUUAAGGCUGACUUUACUCUAUAUUUUUCAUAUGGUCAUAAAAUUCCUGCAAAAAAGACUGAAACCAACAACUUGUUAGUGUUUCUCUUUCCCACCUUGUCUGUGGCUCUCAAUCACAAUCACAACCCAAUUGGUUCCUACUGAAGAUGAAGAUUUUUAAAGGGAUAGUUUGACAUUUAAGGAAAUACUUUAAUUCACUUUCUUGCUGAGAGUGAGAUAAGAAGAUUGACUCUUCAUGUUAAACACUAGAAGCAGGGGGGAAAAAAAACAGCUAGUCAGGCUCCGUCCAAAAGGUGACUAAAUCCACCUAUCUCCACCACCUACUCAUUCAGAACGGGUCAGAAACAUAUAGCGCCAACUUUUUUAAAGGCUCAGUCAUUUCCUAAAACAGCUGGGCGGUGUUACUCCAACAUAACGGAAUAGUGCAUUUAUUGUGGACUACCUUUAGUGGCAGAUUGAUAAACUACUGUGUGUGUGUGUGUGUGUGUGUGUGUUCAUGGUAGUGAAAGAAUAUGUCACCCAGUGCAACAGGGAGGAAUAUCAGGCUUUGGAUUCACACACAGUAAUUGUCAGUGGGAUAAUUUAAUGUUGGUUUUGGUCUUUUCACAGGAUUUGGUAACACUAAGAAAAAUGUAGAAUAUUAUCAUUCUUUCAGUAGCCAAAGAUUACUAACUAUACUUACAGCUGGUCUCGAAGGCUGGCUUCGUUUUUUGGCCUCCAUCUUUUUUCCAGUUUGUACCCAUAAACCACACGAACGUGAACACAGGAGCUUGAAUGAGUCGUGCCGUACUAUAUUCCUAACUCAGAGAAACUCUGACCUGACAUCACUUGAAAGCAGGGUGUCGCAUUCAGGUGCUCAUAAACUAUACAACUGGUGUAUUUCUACCAUGACAGUGUUAAGGUGCUUGUUAAAGUCAAAAAUAUCAAUUCACUUCAAGGCUGUAAAUCAAACGACAUCAUUUGACUGCUUCUCUUUCGAUGUACUGUAUGUAGUCUGAGCAACACUGAGGAACAUAGAAAACCUUGUGUGAUAUUUAGCCCACGACAAGAGCUUAGUUUACGCCUAGCAUUAACUAAAAGUAGAAACUGUUGGUUGCAGUAUCCUGCUGAUUAAACACUGACCAUAAAUUGUUUACCAAUUAACAAGGACAAUUCAAAUGCAUCAUAUGCAGUCUGUGUGUCCCAAGCAUUCACCAGUGCACCAUACCUUAACCUCUCUAGUUCCUCUGAUUCUUCCUAUCAGUGUGGUCAGUGCCAAACAAACCCACAUGGUCAAAAGUCUAAUGCUGCAUUCAGGUCAUGUUGGAAUGACUGGUACAAAGCUGUGACACUUACUUUAAUGGUACUUCAUGACACCAAGAUGACAUCAUUGAUAUGUUUUUCUCUGCUGCUGAUCUUCUUGUUUCAGUUACUCCAAGAAAUGUAAAGUGAACAUUAUUUCCAGAUAAGAAGCUCCUCUCUAUCUUUCCUCUAUGACCUGAAUACUGCACUUUUCAGUGUUUCUGACCUUUGACCCCUCUCCUUAUAGGCUGAUGCCUCCACCUCUCCCCUCGUUCCUCCCUCUCCUCAUAUUUCUCUUUUCCUCCCCACCGACUUCACACUUGCAUGCCCAUAAAGGGGGGCGUGUCUUUCUCUUUGGGCAGGACUAAUUCCAGGUGUGAGACCAGGGUGCAGCACCUGGGCGUGGCUUCUGAUCUGACUAAAUGGUACACUUACGAUAAUUCUUGAUGUGAUUAUUGGUGCGUAAGAAGAGUUUUCCAAAGUCCUGGCUCUGGUACCAACACUGUCUUCUCAUUUAUUCCUUUGGCUCAGAUGUCAGAAACUUCCCAGUUACCUCAAAUGCACCAUAUAUAUCUAUACGUGGCUCAUGCUGGGUUCAUGCCAUGUGAUACAGAGUGGGUGACAAUUUUGUGCAAGAGUUUAAAGGCAAGGAUCAAUUGACUGGAAGGCCCACAUCCAAAUUAAACAAAAAAGUAUUAAAUUGAAACACAUACCAUAUUUGUUUUUUUUUCCACAUUCAGCAGCUCAUAUUUACAGUUAACCCAUUAUGACGUGAACGCAGCAUCAGAGCAUAUCCUGGCACCUGCCCAAGGAGGACCAAUCAAACCCAGAUAGAUUCAUUUGAAUAAGAAGAAGCAGGUUAUUGUUAAACUGCCUUUGUACUGAGUGAUUCGUAACACUGGACUGAACUCAGUGUCACACUGCACAUACUAUAAACUAUGACCAGCACUUGUAAUGAAGCAAUGACACAGCAUUCUACUACUACUGUAUAAAUAUGAUGAAGAGGAUGUUUUUUCUGUAAUGAUAUCAUUGAAACUGAAGAUGAAUUAAUAAAAAUAAUCCUGAUUAUUCUGUA